AAUGGCGCAGACCAGCUCGCACGUGCAAUUAGACGAAUCCGUCGAAUAUUGGUUAUUUCCCAAUAUAUCCGAAGGUGAGGACGAGCUGGAAAAGUUGGAAGCAUUCCGAACGAGAUGUUUCACCUUUAUUCACGAUCAAAGCCGAAAUUAUAUUUGGCACGAAGACUCAAUCAACUUGAAUAUAAUUCCCAAUCGGACUGCUGCUGGUGACAGCCCUCCCCAUCUGUAUGGCAAGACUCGAUUUGGAUGCAACGUGGAGGACGAAUGGUUCAUCGUCCACCUUCUUCGCAGCUUCUCCGUGACCGAAAACGACGUCGUCAUUAGAAUUGUUGAUUCAGAUGGUGAAUUCUUGCUGGUUGAAGCUGCCGAUAGUCUUCCGCGUUGGGCCAACCCAGAAACUUGCAUCAACAGGGUUUUUAUCCAUGGUGGUCAAGUUCAUAUAAUCAGUAUAGCUGAUCGUCCCUCUAGUAUCACUCCUUUACCGUCAGGCCAGCCUUCUCUGAUGGACGCUGUUCACAUUGUUCGUUCCAUGCCGCACUUGACCAUAGCACCCGCUCCCAUUCAAGAGCCAAUCCACCAGCGCAUUGACAAGUGCGUAUCUCAAAUCGAUUCCAGUCUUCACCGUUGCAAUGUAUUCGUGCCUGCUGGUGUUGCCGCUUUGCUGCAAUCCUAUCCGACUCUUGUAGCACCAGCUAUUCAUGCAUUCUGUCAGCGCGAUGCCUCUCAACUGCAGGUUAUCCGCGCCAUGCGUUUCUUUCCCCCAGAAACUCGAGUAUGGACGUCAGUGACAUUCACAAAAUGUCUUUAUGCUAUGCUUGUUCACCGAAACUACCAGCCAGAUCACAGGACUGGCUGGUCUUUACCACCGAUUGGCGAUUCCAAACGAACGGGUUCAGACCUUGGCAUGAAACUUGCUAUUGGAUUUGAAUUGUUGGCAAACGAGGAAUCCUUACACCAAAAAGACGACGAUUAUUCUUUGGACAUGGAUUCACGUUGGAAUCGAUUCCUAAACACACUGAAAGAAAAAGGAUUUUUCCAGGAUUUCCUCGAUGGUUCUAAACCACAUAAUGAGCUUAUGGAAAAAGCUCGAGAAUUUUACAUCAAUAGUGUGGGAGUAGAAGGACCGGCAAAGAAACCUGUCAUUUUAAGACUGAUGCAAUCUGUUUGUGCCGAUGUCGACAAAUUCAAGAAAGUAGAAUCCCAUUUACCUGCGGAUGACGAUGACUCCUGGCUAUCUGUUGAUCCUGCCACCCUUGAUCAGAUUCUGGGCGACAAAUUUGGUUUGUUGGGAGUCGAUGAUGAUGAGGCCAAGGCCGAUAUCUUGCCUAAACUUGAAACCUUCCUCAAUCGGACGUCAGACUAUGAAGGUCUUACGCCGGCCAACGGCAGGAAGAAAUCCAGAAAGCUUUCUCACCUAGCUCCGCCUUCAAGAAAGACGUCAACGCUCUCAAACGCCUCUGACGCUUCCCAACUUUCUACCAACAUUGGUUUCGAUCCAGAUAGUUUUGCAUCCGCAAUGCAAGGAAUUCUUGAUUUCGCUCUGCCAGAAGACAAUUGGGAUUUGGAAUCAAAUUCUUCUUGUUUGAGCAGCUACAGUGAAGAGGAAGAAGGCGACGAGUUGGUAGACAAGGAGAUGAACAAAUACAUGCAAACAAUGGAUCAAGAAUUGUUAACCACGGAUGUUCAUCGUACUUCCGUAGACAACCCUACUCGCAAGGAAUCCGUCAUGAGCGAAGGUUGUGAGAGUUUCAGCGAUGUGGAAAACUUUCAACCCGUAAAAAUUGAUUCUGCUGCUCUUGAAUCCCUUCUUGCUUCCUACACAAUGCAGCGUGGUGGUCCUGGUCCUGCAUCUAUUUUGUUGAAUCAAUUGAAUCUUUCUCGGAGCCAGGUAUCAGCCAGUAAAAAACAAACCGACUGAAGAUUGUGACCUUACGUUUGUUUUUCUCCUCCCCUCUUUUUCUCUUCACUCUUUCCCUAUGUAAUUAUUAUCGAUGUCUUUUCAUCCGCCCUAUUUCCUCUUACCCAUGCGAUUGGGUGAUUUGAGGUUUAAUUUAUUAUUAUGAUUCGUCUUUUGAUAAAAACUUCCGGUUUUUUUUUCUUUAAAAAAUUCGGUCCCUCACCUUUUCGAAUCUGACACAUUUCUCAAAAGCCAGUCGCUGCUAUCCCUCUGUGAUACACAACGCUCGGUGGAGGUGGUUUGUAUAACGGGACUUUUUUUUUUUUUUUCCAUUUCCAGCUCCAUUCCUAAUACAUUUCGGAUUUAUGUAUUCGCCUUCUUUGCGUUCUUCCAUGUCUUUUGGCGUUAUAGCUGCCAUUUGAAAGAUACACGAGGAUUCACACUGA